AUCGAAGCGAGAGGAGGAGGAGAAAGAAAUUGGAGUUGGUGGUCUGAGGCUGGGCUUGGCUGUCGACGUCCUCCGACAGCCGGCCCUUCUGUUCUUCCCGGAAGCCCUCGGUUCUCUCGGAGCAGGUCGGUGGUUGCGUCCUCGACGAGCCUGCAAAGAAUUGUUUUCCUUUAUAUUACUUUUCAUGCACAGACGCUGAGCCAUUUCGCCCCCAAUGGCUUCUCUUUACGGAAUUCUGCAUCGACCUCUCUCCGCCGCAGCCGCCGUCGCCGUCGCCGCCGUGUCGUCGGCACUGCCGGACCGCGUCUCCUCCCAGCCCAAUCGGUCGGACUCCCAUGCCGCCGCACCUACGCACGUCUUGUUGCCGGAGCCAGAGCCUGCAGCGCGUCGGAUGUCCGUUUCCGACAUCUCGAACCUCCCAUUCUUGCCCAUCGACAGAAAGCGUUCCGCCCAUCUCCCAGAUUCCGUCUUCGUCUCGCCCCCCUUCCCCAUGGCUUCGCCUGCAGUCCUCCUCUCCCCGUAUGAGUACGCCAAGCUGGCCAACCCCAAAAAGAAAGACGAAUUCCCGCCGGCCAUCGCUUCUUCGCCAUCGGAUGUGAUGUACCGCUGGCAUCUGCCUGACCCCAAUGCUUCUGGGGUUGCCGGGACCGAUCACUGCUCGAGAGCAAAGUCCCAGACGGUGGUGAUUUUGCUCGGCUGGCUCGGAGCGAAGCAGAGGCAUCUGAAGAAGUAUGCUGAUUGGUACACCUCGAGGGGGUUUCAUGUCGUGACCUUCACAUUUCCCUUGGCCGAUGUAAUGAGCUACAAGGUCGGAGGGAAGGUCGAGCAGGAUGUCCAGUUGCUAGCAGAGCAUCUUGUGGAUUGGGUCUCGGAGGAGAACGGGAAGAACUUGGUCUUCCACACUUUCAGUAACACAGGCUGGUUGACUUAUGGAGUAUUACUCGAGAAGUUUAGGAAGCAGGAUCCAUCUGUGAUCGGAAAGAUCAAGGGAUGUGUCGUGGAUUCAGCUCCUGUUGCUGCAUCCGAUCCUCAGGUCUGGGCUUCAGGUUUUUCUGCUGCUUUCUUGAAAAAGCAGAGUGUAGCAACAAAGGGGAUGGUAGGCUCAAAUGAUUCAGGGAAGGGCAUGACGGAUACUGGUGAUUCAAGCUUGGGACCUAAACCUGCAGUCGCAGAAAGUGCUUUGUUAGUAGUCCUGGAGAAGUUCUUCGAGGUGGUCUUAAACUUACCUGCUAUCAACAGGAGAUUGUCUGAUGUCUUGGAUUUACUGACUUCAGAGCAACCCAAAUGUCCUCAAUUGUAUAUAUAUAGCUCUGCUGACCGAGUAAUUCCUGCAAAAUCGGUGGAAUCCUUUGUAGAAGCACAACGGAGAGCCGGGCAUGAGGUCAGGGCAUGUGAUUUCUUGUCAUCUCCUCAUGUUGAUCAUUUCAGAAGCCAUCCAGGUCUCUACAGUUCUCAGCUUGCCAACUUUCUGGAGGACUGUGUUCUCACCUGUUGCAGGGAUUCUUCAUAAGACAUUUUUUGCAUUAUAUAAUACCUUCACAUUGAUGUUCAUUCUUUUCCUGGCUAUCAAUUUAAAUUUGCCAGGCAUCAUAUAAUUUGACAGAAAACCAUUUUACUCUUUUUUUUUUUGUUUUAAAAUCAUGUGAUUACUGUAAAGACAUCAUCCAAUUUAAAGAAGAGAUGAAGUAUACCUGUUUUCCUUAA